UCGUCGCGAUGUUGUGGCGCGUGGCGCUGCGGUAUCGCGGUUAGCUUGAAUCACUUGAAUGAUGGCUUGAAUCGUCGCUCAACUGUUCACUCGUGUUGUGGGUGGCCCUCCCGUGUCUCCAAAUGUCGGCUUCUCAGGUGCACAAAAACAGCUCGACUCCAGCCGCAGUGCCAAGCAGCUUUCGAACUCUCUACAAGAAAGAGUGCGACAACUUUUACGUGUGCAGCCGUCGCACGCUGUUGUCGAAAAUCCCCACCGACGCUGCUUCGCUCGAUCUGUGUGUGGACAUAAUUCGGGCAGAAGAAUGGAAGCCACUCUUGCAGGCUCUCCGAGUGGACAAAAGUCUCGAGGCUGUUGCCUUCAAAUCGUCAUUUUUGAGCAACUACCCCGAGCUCAUCGCUGAUGUUGGCCGCCUACAACUGGUGCAAGAUAGCAUCCACGUGCCUGCACUGUUUACACCAGAGAUGCUCAAGCUGUUCUGCUCUGUCCUGUCCGAACAUAUGAAGAACAACACCAGCCUCAGAUCGUUGGAGCUCGUCGGCUUUCCUUUCUCUCUGAUUCACCUGCAGGAGCUGUCAGCGGGUAUCCGUGCAUCAGCAUCCAUUGCAGUUGUCACCUUUGAUGGCAGCUCACUUGGCAAGCAAGGUCUCGAAGCGCUGUGCCACGCCCUGUGCGAGAGGGAGAGUGUGCAUGUGCUCAGCCUCUGCAACUGUCGGCUGGGCUGCAGCGAGGCUCGCUUGAUGGCCUGGCUCCUGCAGCAGCAGAGCCUCGGCCGCCAGGGGGCACUGUGGCAGGGAGUGCUGCGCCAGGGGGUGCUGGCGCUGGACUCGCUGCAGGGCCUGCGACGACUCAGCCUGUGUCGCAACCCGCUGGGCGACGAGGGUGUCUGCGCUUUGGCUGAAGCUCUCACGGACAACCUCUGCCUCAAGGCACUUGACCUUCAGAGCUGCAAUGCUGGCAAUGCUGGUGCCUCUGCCUUGCUCAACCUGCUGCUGAACAAUGUCGUACUGGAGGUGGUCGACAUACGGCAAAACCCAAACAUAGAUGCUGACCUAGCCAGGGACAUAGCGGAAAAGGUGUCCUCAAAUCGACUUGGAAGACGGUGUGAGUAUGAUGUCCUCCCACUGGGAAAAAGCCAGCCACUGCUGCCUCAUCACCAGAGAAGCAGGUCAGCUGGGAGAUUGCAGGAGAGGAAGAGUGCAAGAGGGAAGCUGCGCUCAUCCUCGCUGGGAAGGGCUGCACCACCCCACGACCAGCACGCUAAACGCGUUGAGGAGGACCUGCAUCGAUGCCAAGAAAGCUUGAGAAGAGAGCAAGAAGCCAGGCAGGUAGUGGAAAGAAAGCUCCUUGAGCUUUUUGAGGAAAAUCGACAACUACGCUCUCAGCAGUGCAAGGGUUGCCAGCAGCCCGGAUAUUCACUGAUUUCGGAUUCACUUCUAAAAGACAUAGAACGAGCUUUCCUCAAGUUCCAAGUCCUCCUGGCUGCUCGCAAACAUGCAAAAGAUAGGGACCCCAUUGAGACAGUGGCUGCUGGACAAGUCCUGCCAAGAGAAAGCGUUCAUUCUUCCACGAGAGACCGCGCUGCUGAUCCAAGCACUCUCAGUUGCUCAUUUCACGGUCCUGCACCCGUGAAAAACACAGUGACACCUAAGCCACCCGAGCCUUUUCAAGAGUUUGUUCAAAGCAAAGCCAAACGGAUCAUCUCGGAAAGGAGUGGCACUGCUGACCUCGCCUCUUCAACCACUCACGACAAGCAGGCGCACAAGAAACACACAACCAGCUCAGUCAAGCCGAAGGAGGUCAGCCAGCCUAGAAGCAAGCUCGGUAACACUUCAGCUACAGAGUCGUCAAAGCGGCUUUCAGAGCUGCUUGGCAUUGAUCAAGUUCCUUCUAAACUGAUGCCCAGCACACUCGGAUCACCCGACUUCUUUCCAAUGGAAACGUUUGAUAGUGAGGCUGGCCUAUUGAAGUAUGAGCUUAAUGCUUCAGUGGCAUCUACUCUGUCAGAAGGUGGAGAAAAACACUCCUCGCAAAAGCCAAACAAUACAGAGUCGGCAUUCACAAACUCUUCACAUGAGAGCACUUUGGUGUCCUCUAUACAGGAGGAAUUGGUGUCCGCCAGCCCUGCAGUGGCCAGCUAUAAACAGCCACCAGCUACAGUUGCGAGCACAGCAGACCAUCGUAGCCAGAAGUCUGACACACUGUCACUUUCACCAAUGACAAGCAAGUCUUUCGAAAUCCAUACAGCCGACAUAACGGUAAGCAGCAUCCACAGCACCACAAAGUGCAAGAAGGCGGCAAAGAUCUCGCUGCGAAACUCCCAGCAGCGCCACAGCACUCCUACACUUAGCAACAGCACAUCUCGAGGUGUCUUUGAAGUGAUCUCUACACCGUCCAAUGUUAGUUUAUCUCAAAACCAAUCGGAGGUGUCAACACCUUCCACUCCAGACACUGCAACACCACCACAGUUGGCAGGAAGUGAUUUUGAUGGGUUUUAACGCUCUCGUGACUGGGAAAAACAAUAGCGCUGAGUUAAGCAAUGUUGUACCCAAGAUAACCUAAAGCUACUCUGUUUGUAGAAUGCUGCGGAAACAUGAACAAGAAGGGUUUAUAAAAACGGCUCUGUCUCUUCCCUUGUCUUUCAUAUUGGUGUUUGAAGGUCAAUCCAGCAACACCAUAACCAAUGGCAAACAUGCUUUACUAAUCGCUAGAGACCGGAUUUUAG